AUGGCAACCAAGCUCUAUCGUGGUAGAGCUCUGGCGGGCUUGCGCAACUGCCGCCCUAGCGAGAUUCGCUGCUUCUCGACCUCCAUCCCUCAAUUGGCCGGCUUCCCGACCGGGCUUCCUAAGGAUGCCGAAAACAUGAGGAAGUCGCCUCGCCAGCACGUCGGCACCCUCAAAGCCCCUCUCGUCAACCCAGCCGACAAGUACGGCUCCAAGGCCGAAAACUUGCACAAGUACGGGUCAUGGAUCAUGGGCUGCUUGCCCAAGUACGUCCAGCAGAUCUCGGUCUGGAAGGACGAGCUCACCAUCUACGUCUCUCCCUCGGGAAUUAUUCCCAUCAUGACGUUCCUCAAGUACAAUACCUCGGCCGAGUUCACUCAGAUUAGCGACAUCACUGCGGUCGACUACCCGACCCGGGACCAGCGCUUCGAGGUUAUUUACAACCUCCUCAGUGUCCGCCACAACUCGCGCAUUCGCGUCAAGACGUACGCCGAUGAGGCCUCGCCUGUCCCCAGUGUCACUCCUCUUUUCGACGGAGCCAACUGGUACGAGCGUGAGGUCUACGACCUUUUCGGUGUCUUCUUCACCGACCACCCCGAUUUGCGCAGAAUCAUGACCGACUACGGUUUCGAGGGUCACCCCCUGCGAAAGGACUUCCCCCUUACCGGCUACACUGAGAUCAGAUACGACGAGGAGAAGAAGCGCAUCGUCACCGAGCCUCUUGAGCUGACCCAGGCUUUCCGCAACUUCGAGGGCGGCAGCAGCGCCUGGGAGCAGGUUGGACCUGGCACGGACAGACGCCCGGACACCUUCAAGCUGCCGACGGCGAAGCCUGAGGAGAAGAAGGAGGAGCCCAAGAAAUAA